UUGAUCCCGAAUGAUCUUCCCUUUGAAUUCAAACGAAUACAGUUUCCCCUGAAAGUCUGCUUUGCAAUGACCAUAAACAAAUCACAAGGGCAGACAUUAAAAUUUGCGGGUAUAGACUUGAGAGAAUAUUGUUUUUCACACGGGCAAUUCUAUGUGGCUUGCUCACGCGUAAGCUCGCCCAGUAGUCUGACAAUUUUGGCACGCAGUAAUAGAUUAGCAAAACAUGUGGUGUCUAUAGAAGUUUUGUAG